UAUAAAAGGCCAACCAUGCCACCAAUUCCACUCACAGCAGAAGAGAGACUUCCGAAACUUGCCAUAAAGCUUCUGAGUUCUCAUCUUCCCUCUCUAGAACUACCUUUGCUAUUAGACAUGGCAAUUCCGGUCAUCGACUUCUCGAAGUUGGAUGGCAAGGAAAGGGCCGAAACUUUGGCUAAGAUCGCCAAUGGAUGCGAAGAGUGGGGAUUCUUUCAGCUGGUGAACCAUGGGAUUCCGGUGGAGCUUCUGGAGCGCGUGAAGAAGGUCAGCUCUGAAUGCUACAAACUGAGAGCUGAAGCCUUCAAGAAAUCCAACCCUGUCCAGUUGUUGAACAAAUUGGAGGAUAAAGAAGGCGAGAACAGUAACGUUCAGCGGUUGGACGACGUGGAUUGGGAGGAUGUGUUUGUUCUCCAAGACGACAAUGAAUGGCCAUCCAACCCCCCAGAGUUCAAGGAAACCAUGAAGGAAUACAGGAGAGAGCUCAAGAAGCUGGCGGAGAAACUAAUGGAAAUAAUGGAUGAAAACUUGGGUUUACAGAAGGGCUGCAUAAAGAAUGCUUUCUCCGGCAAUGGCGAACACGAGCCCUUCUUCGGGACCAAGGUGAGCCACUACCCGCCAUGCCCUCGCCUAGACCUCGUUCAAGGCCUUCGUGCCCACACCGACGCCGGCGGCGUCAUCCUGCUCUUCCAAGACGAUCAUGUAGGUGGACUCCAGAUGCUUAAAGAUGGCCAGUGGAUCGACGUCCAGCCUGUAGCCAAUGCCAUCGUGAUCAACACCGGAGAUCAGAUAGAGGUGCUCAGCAAUGGGCGAUACAAAAGCGUGUGGCACCGUGUGCUCGCCACCAGCAAUGGCAACCGCCGCUCCAUUGCGUCCUUCUACAACCCCUCCCCCAAGGCCACGAUAGCUCCAGCAACCCCCGGAGAAGUGGCUCAACCUUUGUACCCCAAGUUUGUCUUCGGGGACUACAUGGAUGUGUAUGUCAAGCAGAAGUUUCAGCCCAAGGAGCCUAGGUUUGAAGCGGUCGCAGCCAUUUGAAGGCAAAACUGAAGCUAGAAAUGAUGAAAACGAGAAACAAGGUUACAUGGAUUCUUUUUUUUUUUUUAAUGAAGAAGAAUAAAAUGAAUGCAAGACGAGGACUUCCCAGGGGGUUCUUAUGGUGCAUUAGUGCUGGUAUGAUUGCACCCUAAAAUAAGGUUACAUAGAUUUAGUUUUUGUUUCAACCAGUGUAAGUCAGAAUGUUGAGACGUCCUACAAUGAGUGGUCCUGUGUUGGUUAAUUAAUUUGCAAGAGUUGAUUGUUUGUAACAUGGUACUGGACGGACGGGUCAUAAAAUUUGGUGGUGUUGUUCAGUCAGUGUUCACUUAAUUUAUAGUUUGUAGGUGUUGUUGAGUCAGUGUUCACUUAAUUUGUAGUUUGUACUCUUGAGAUCAUGGGCUAAUUCAGUUGUGACUGCUGUAACUUAUUUUACCAUGUAAUUCUUUUUACCAUCAAUGUGUGAGGCUA